UUUUAAAUUUUAUUUUCCCAAUAAUUCCUUUUGGUAGAGUUUCCUUUUAUGGGUUUUCUCAGUAGGUACUGUACCUGCAUAAAUACAGAGGGAAACCAACUGCACCACCCUAAAUCUGGCGCUGAAUCCUGCAACCUUUCUUCAUAGGGGAGUUGCUUAGCUGGGAGUAAUUUGAGGAGGACCUGUUUCUCUCACUUGCACCUGCUUCAGCCUAAAGGAUCACGGUGAAGGACUAAGCCAGAUUUUGGGAGUGUUUGAUGCUGGGGAGUAUUUUGGGAUAAUGCAAGUGGAGGAGGUGGAAGAGGAAGAAGACGGCGAUGAAGAACUUGAGGGAGAACUGAAAAAGAAUUCAAAUCCUGGAAAUGAACUCUGCUACAAAGUGAUAGUGACAAACGAAAUGGGACUUCAGGCAGCAAAUUCUAACAGCAUUUUUCUCAUUGACCAUGCCUGGACGUACCGCGUUGAACAUGCCCGCCAGCAGCUUCUGCAGGUCCCUGGUCUGCUUCACAGAAUGGCCAACCUGAUGGGAAUAGACUUCCAUGGAGAAGUGCCAGAUGAGAGAGCUGUCACUCAGGUCUUGGAGGAGAUGUGGAAAUACAACCAGACCUAUCAGCUGUCACAUGGGACUGCAGAGGAGAAGGUCCCUGUAUGGUACAUUAUGGAUGAAUUUGGAUCCCGAAUCCAGCAUUCAGAUGAGCCCACUUUUGCAACAGCCCCCUUAUUUUACAUGCAGCAACAAAUUGCUUAUACGGUUCUCUGGCCCUUAAGGGACCUUGAGACCGGAGAGGAAGUGACCCGUGACUUUGCCUAUGGGGAAACUGAUCGCUUAAUCAGGAGGUGUCGGCUGUUGCCAUGGCUACCCGAUGAUGUUUUGGAGAUCAACUCUUUUACUGCAGAGCCAUCAGAUGAUCACUACCAGGCCAUCUUAAGUGAGAACAAGGAGACACUUCCUGUUCCAAUAAAGCUUCCUGUUUAUGACAAAAACAAAAUCUUCAAAGUUUACACAGACCUCCAACAGGUCCUUCAGAAUCUGACUCACCCCCGUUUUGAAUUUACGGACUCUGAGCAAGAAGCUGACAUUCUCUACAACUUCUCUCACUUCAAAGAUUUCAGGAAACUGAGUGAGGAAAGGCCUCAUGUGAUGCUGAAUCAGUUUCCUUGCGAGAACCUCUUGACCGUGAAGGAUUGUCUGGCAUCCAUCUCAAGGCGCAUUGGGGGCUCAGAGGGGCCAAAAUGGCUGCCCCGCACCUUUAAUCUUCAUACAGAAUUACCACAGUUCAUCAGUUACUUUAAGCAGCGCGAAAGGAGGGAAGAGGACAACCACUGGAUAUGCAAACCAUGGAACUUGGCCAGGAGCCUGGACACCCACAUCACAAAGAGUCUUAACAACAUCAUCAGGCAGAGAGAAAGCAUCCCUAAGGUGGUAUCCAAGUACAUUGAGAACCCAGUCUUGUUCUUUCUUGAAGAUGUGGGAUUAGUUAAAUUUGACAUCCGUUACAUUGUGUUGUUGCGAUCAGUUAAGCCACUCCGACUGUAUGUUUAUGAUGUGUUUUGGCUACGGUUCUCAAAUAGAGCAUUUUCACUUGAUGACUUGGAUGAUUAUGAGAAGCAUUUUACGGUCAUGAACUAUGCUUCUGGAGUCUCGUUAAAACAGAUCCACUAUGAUGAAUUUAUCCCUCUCUUUGAGAAACAGUAUCCUGAGCAUUCUUGGAAAUCUGUGCAAGACGAUAUUUUCAAGGCAUUUGCUGAACUGUUCCAAGCGGCUUGUGCAAAGCCUGCACCAUUUGGCAUCUGUGAUUAUCCAUCCUCACGAGCCGUUUAUGCCAUUGACCUGAUGCUUAAGUGGGAUACAUCCAGCAACGGCAAACGGUUUAUGCAGCCUCAGAUUCUGGAGGUGAAUUUUAACCCUGACUGCGACAGAGCCUGCAGGUAUCACCCGACUUUCUUCAACGAUGUCUUCAGCGCCCUCUUCCUGGACGAAGCCAAGGAUUGCCAUGUGACUGCCAUUGUCUAGGGCUUGUCUUGGCUAUUUUGCGCUUCACAGUCAGACGCUUAUAGUUUCAGUUCUAUGAGCUGCUUAUGCAAGAAUCUUUCCUGUACUAGCAAUCAAGACAGAAAUCUACUCAAUCAGGUGGAACAUGCAUAUAAUGUGCUUGUAAGCAGUUGUCUGGGUUGCCUUAAAAAAAAACUUUUUUACUUUCUUGCCUGUCUCAGUUACUUUAUCGCUAGUUCACUUUCACAAAGUGUAUGUUUUUAUUGCAUUCUGAUGCUCACAGAAGUGCAGUAUCAAUAUUUUUUUUCCUCAGUAGUUGGUAUAUUUUGUUGGUUACAAAGAAGUAUCCGUACAGCUUUUCCCUAUGUCCUUUGUGUUUUUAUAACUUGCUGCAGAUUUACUGAGGCCAUUGUUUUUCUUAAGACCAUUGUGCUCCCGCAUCUUAAAAGGCUUUGUUUUACAAAUGAAUAUGAAGCAAAUUAUUUGAAAGCCAUAGCUGGCUCCUAUGCCUGCAGAAUUUCAAUAAACUAUGUCCCCACAAAUACCAGAAACUGCCUUUGAAAUAACACAAGAGCAUCUGUAAUUUUUGUGUCUUGGUGUAUCAGGUCUUCACCUUGAGAAGUCACUUCAGUUUCCUUGUUUUGCAACAUAAACCUUGCUUGCUUCCAA